GGAUACCGGGAGUUUUAGGCAACUCGGACGAUAGAAGCCAUAUACCUCACCAAGGAUAUAGGAUAUCCUCUUUCCCCUCCGUGAAGGAGCGGUCCGCUCUCUAUCUGGCUCGGGCAGCUGCUGCUGCUGAUCACGUCGGUGGUCUGACUGAACGAAAUUUCACACACGAGAUCCCUUUUAAUUGUCUUGAUAAUCAGAAAGCAACAAGAGAUGGCAGAAGCUCAGAAUGACAAGUCUCCUAAAGCCACCAUCAAGAAGGCAGAGGAGGACUUGCCACCACCUCCUCCUCCACCCCCACAGGAUUCUGCUCCAGCCCCAACUUCAGCGACUGGGAACCAGGAGUCCAACCCACUGCCUGUACCUCCCCCUAAGGAAUCCUUCUCCAAGUUCUAUCAGCAGCGUCAAGUGAACGAGCUGAAGCGUCUCUACCGCCACAUGCAUCCGGAGCUCAGGAAAAAUUUGGAAGAGGCUGUGACGGAGGACCUGGCAGAGAUGCUGAGCACAGAUGACCCUAACGCCCCAGCCUCGGUGAAUCUAGAUGCUGUGCUUCCAGGGGAGGUUCAAUCCAUGCGCUGGAUCUUUGAGAAUUGGACCCUCGACUCCAUUGGAGAACGUCAGGCUGCCAAGAAGCUCGCCGAAGAGGAAGACAUCCCAAGUGGAGAUGUGAAGAAUAGAUCCAUGAGGUUUGAAAGCCAGCCGGCCAAUGGGGAGAGGCUGCUUGCUUCGGCCAAGACAUCUGAGAAAGAGCACACCACAGGGGAUGUGCACACAGCUCGUUGGUUAUUUGAAACCCAGCCACUAGACUCUUUGAACAAAAUGUAUUUGGAAGAGACCGAUUUACAAGAGGCGGUCCUCAAAGAGCCCAUUCAGAGGGGGGACGUCAAAGGGGCUGCCCAGCUCUUUGAAACCCAUUCCUUAGAUGCGUUGGGCCGCUGCAGUUCGGUGGAGGAGCAGAGCAUCUUGCAACUCAAGUCCGAAAUCCAAGAACUCAAAGGCGACGUCAAGAAAACCAUCAAGCUCUUCCAAACAGAGCCCCUCUGUGCGAUCAGGGAUAAAACCGGGAAUAUCCAUGAGAUCAAAUCUGUCUGCAGAGAAGAAAUACAGAGCAACGCAGUGAAGACCGCCCGCUGGCUCUUUGAAACCCAGCCUCUGGACACCAUCAACAAGGACACGUCCAAAGUACAAGUCAUCCGAGGGAUAUCGCUAGAGGAGGUGGCAAGGGGGAGCGUCAGCGGAGCGAAAUGGCUGUUUGAGACUCAGCCCCUAGAUGCCAUCAGAGAGUUUAACGUGGAGGAAUCAGACUUCAAAGCAUCUCCGGAUCUCAUCCAAGGGACCGACGUGAGUAAGCAGUGCUUGCUUUUUGAGACUCAUCCUCUUGACAUACUAAAAGGAGAAGCCUCCGACAGCAUCCCGGCCAAAGAAGAAGUUAUCAAAGGGGACGUAAAAUCAACCCUCUGGUUGUUUGAAACCCAACCCAUGGAAGUGCUGAAGGACAAUUUUGAAGUGGGGCAUUUAAAGAAAGUAGAACUUUUGGAUGAGGAGAAAGGAGCCGUGAAGCAAACAAAGCAUGUAUUUGAGACCUGCCCUUUGGGCAGCAUCUCCAAACCUCCCCCUGAAGACUUCGCGUCCGCUAACAUACAAGAGGUGGAGAAAGGGGAUGUGAAAGCCUUCAAGAGUCUCUUUGAGACACUCCCUUUAGACAGCAUCCGGCAAGUGAGCACUGAGGAGGCUGUCAAGGAAGGAGAGGAAAUACCACCUGGGAACGUCAAAGCCAAUCAGUUCCUGUUUGAGACGACACCUUUGUAUGCUAUCAAAGACUGCUUGGGCAAUUUCCACAAAGUCACUUCUGUGAGCAGAGAAGAGGAAGUUACAAGCGGAGAUGUUAAGAAUUACAAAUGGAUGUUCGAAACCAAGCCUUUGGACCAAUUUGAGGAUAGUAACCAAAAAGUGGAUAUUAUCAGGGGAAUCACUAAGCAGGAAGUGGUGGCUGGGGAUGUCAAGACAGCCAAGUGGCUCUUUGAAACGCAACCCAUCAAUGUGAUCCACAGCCAAAUGAACCAAGAAGAACAGAAUGUGUUAGAGAAAGGAGACGUUCCCCAAGGGGGUGAUGUGAAGACCCGCAGGUGGUUGUUUGAGACACAUCCAAUUGACGCCCUGUAUGAAAAGGAUGAGAAGAAGCAGGACAGUGAAGAAUCUGUGCCAUGCGCUGAUGUUAAGUCAUGCACGUGGAUGUUUGAAACACGGCCCCUGGAUUCCCUGAAGGGCCAGGAAGAGCAAUAUUUGCAGGUCAGCAAGUCCUAUCGCCCAGACGAAUUGCAAGGAGUAGAUGUGAAAACAGUCAGGCACCUCUUUGAGACAGAACCCCUAAUCAAUAGUAUCGCUGAUGACGUUGAUUCAAAGAAAAUAAUCAGGUACUCCAGUCGUGUGGAAAUACAGUCUGGAGAAGUGUCCAGGGUGAAGGAGUUUUUUGAAGCCAAACCCUUGGAUUCAGCUGAUAAAACAUGUAAAGCCACGAAGGAAACUGAUUUCCCAACAGAUGGAAAUAUUGAACCAGGAGCAGUGCACAAGUUUACCUGGCUCUUUGAAAACUGUCCCAUGGACACCUUGAAAAGCAGCAUGGAGGGUAUCCAAGAGAUGCCCCCCGAAAAGGACAUCCAAGGUGGAGAUGUUGGAGGCAAAAGAUUUGUUUUCGAAACCUACUCCCUAGGUCAGAUCCAUGACAAGGAGAAUGAGGUGCAAAUUGAGAAAAUCCAGGAAGAGACAACGAAUAAAGCCAGUGUCAAAUCCUGCACCAUGCUCUUUGAAACCCAGCCCCUGUAUGCCAUCCAGGACAAAGAUGGAGGAUAUCAUGAAGUCACGUCUGUGAAGAAGGAAGAAGUCAUGAAAGGCGAUGUGAAAGGGGCCCGAUGGCAAUUCGAGACCAAGCCCUUGGAUCAGAUCAAGAAGAAUGAAGAGGUGUUCGUGAUCAGGGCUGUUACCCAAGAGGAUUUCAGGAAGGGGGAUGUCCAAGCGGCCAGGUGGAGGUUUGAAACCGAGCCUCUGGAUUCUAUCUCUGACGAAAAGACGCCUGUCUUGAGGACCGUUGAUGAUGUGCAGAAGGGGGAUGUCCGCUCUAAUAAGCAACUCUUUGAGUCAGAGCAACUGAGUCAAAAGAAGUAUGUGAGGAUGGUGAGCGUCAGUGAUGUUCAGCAAGGGGAUGUGAGGACAUCCACGUGGCUCUUUGAAAACCAGCCAAUUGACUCCUUGAAAGGAGAACUUGAAAGCACCUCCAACCUGAGCACCGUACAGAGAGAGAAUAUCCAUAAAGGAGAUGUGAAACGCUGCACGUGGCUGUUUGAGACCCAGCCCAUGGACAGCCUCAAAGACACAGAGGCUUCUGCGAGUGCUGAGCCCCUGGAGGUAGUUCCCGGGGCCAAUGUAAAGAGCACCACGUGGCUGUUCGAAAGCACACCUCUGGACGAACUCAACACUUCUCAAUACUGCGCAGAAAUGGAAGGAAAAAAGAGAACGAUAGCAUACACUUUGGAAGUUCUCUUCUGCCAUCGAGUGAUCCAACAUGGUGGCAUCCUUAUUGAAGCCAAUGAUACCGAGAGCGUCAAGAUGGCAAAAUAUCAUCUUGGUAGCCAAGCGUCCCCGGAAAUCCAAAAGGAAGAGGUCAUGGGAGGCAAUUUGCAAAGGAUCCUGUUGCAGCUACUUCAGAGGACCAACGUGGAGGCCCAGGGGGUGUUGGUGGAGGAAGAGGCGAAUGGGGAUAUUAAAAUCAGUCCAGUGCAGCUGUUGGAGCCUAGCAAAGCAGAGAAAAGCCAAGAGGACUUGAGGGAUGAUGUGGCGAAGAUCCUCCAAGGAUUUCUCAGUCAAGAAGAUGCCUCAGUCAAGAAAGGAAUCAUUAUGCAGGAGACGGAGACCGGGACAGUGAAGAUGACAAUCUAUUCUCUUCUUCGCUGUGUUGCUCAGCAGCACGGAUUUGUUAAGGGCGAUGUGAAGUCAACACUUGGAAGCCUGAUGGCUUCGUCGCAAGAGCACAGGGCAACAGCAACCGUCAGGCGAGAGGACAACGAAAGAGGCAACGUCCAAUUGUACACCAGCUGCAUCGAGAAAGGCGACCUCGACUACUUGAAGCAUCUCCAAAGGGAGUCAGAGAUCGAAUCCCUAGUUUCCUCCCAAACGAAAGAAGAGCCACUGAAAACUGUGCAAGAGGUGGUGGUACCUGCCAAGGUAGAGGAGGGAAAAGUAGUCACAACGGCCGACGUGCUGUUAGGAACUAGCAGUGGGGCUAAGCGAGCGCUCUUGGGCGAGAGCAAAGACGGUUCAUUAGAAAGGGAGGCAGUGCAUGCGAGUGACCGAGGCCCUACUCUGCAUUGUCUUGGGCCAUCUCCACCCCCAGUGAUAGCCAGAGAAAACGUAGUUGCUGGGAAUGCUGAAUUAGACAUCCAGAUGGUACAAAAGGCACAGAAUGGUAGCCACAGGGUAGUAGCGAGAGAAGAAAUAAUAAGCCCAUGGGGUAGAAAGGAAGGAACAGACAUCACCAAAGGGUCAGAUCAGAAGGAUGAUAUGGCCGGGGUUAUCCACUGUUCCACAGUAGGGGGGAUCAACCAGAUAACAACGCAGCCCAAAAUGCAGACUCCCGGGAGUGACCUUCAAGCAGCAAUGCAGAGUUUAAGACUAGCCACAGCAGAGGCCCAAAGCCUCCAGCAUCAGGUCCGGAGCAAGCUGCAGAAGACGACAGGAGACAUUCAGCUCAGCGGCACUACUGUGCAGCCCCCGGCCGUGACCAUGCCAUCCACAGGACACAAAGAGGGCUGCGCAGCCACCAAGCCUCAGCAAGCUAGCAACGUCACCUUCAUCAGAGUGCAGGAGACCUCCCAGAAGUCCCAAGCAAAGGUGUCCCAGAAGAGCACGGCAUCACAUGCAAAGGUCAGUGCUUCCGAGGAAGUGCAGGGAGGCGCGCUGCCCUUUGCGGCCUGCCAGGACGCCCGCCUUGUGCCUAGCGCAGAUCUUAGUAUUAAGGACGGCCUUUAUACUGCCAGGCCAGUGAAGUCCUAUGUAAAUCCAUUUAUUGAGUCCGAUUACAAAGAGCACUCCGUUCCAGAAGAACGAGAGCAAGACGCUAUAGUCGGAGGGGAUGUAAAGACAGCUAUCAGAGCCCUGCAGAGUGCCGCAGCAGAACAGAGGCAAGUAGAGAAAGAGGAUGUUGUCCGUGGCAACUUAAAAGCCACACUCAAGUCCCUGGAAAAAUCUAACAUUAAUGUCUCCAAAGGAGAUUUUAAAGCAGCUAUGAUAUACAGGAACGCAGGGCAGUCCUAUUCCCUCUGUAGAAAGAAAAACGAAGGUCAGUCUGUUAGUGACCAGGCGGCUGCUGUAGCAGCUACAGGCUCACAAGCUCUUAAUGAUUUUCCCCCUCCUCCUCCAGCUUCAGUGAUGACAACCGAAGACCGCUCGCCCUCAACCAAAGAGAGAGAAGCUGAUGGGGUAGGGUGUUCCCCACCCGUGCAAUCACACCUCCCUAAGACUCCCCUGGCUGCCCCAGCCAAACCAAGUGAUCCCAGGCCUGUAGAGAAGCCGGAACUUCCUCCCAAGCCAGACGUUCUUGCCCCACCCAGGAAGAAACCCGUUCCCCCUCCCAAACCAGAGUUCCUUUUAAAGGAAGCGCCCCACCAGCACCCUGCCAGCUGCAACAAAGGGCCAUCGCGGAAGGCAGCUCCCAACCUGUUCCCUUCCAAAACUCCAGCCACAGUUGAGCAGAACAAACCGAAGACUCCACCCACUGCAAACCAAGCCUGUGCAUCUUGUGGGACUGAGGUACAGGAGCAUUCUGCGUGCAGACAGCAUCCAGAAAGCUGCCCUGUGCCUCCGUCACCUGUGGCAACGACUGAGGAGGGUGUUCGUGCUGAGAAAACGGCAAGGAAAGAGACAGUGAAGACGCCUCUCCAAGUUGCAGAAGAAAAGUAUCAAGCAAAGAAGGAAGAGAAGAGCAAAGUGGAAGGAGCUGACCACAAGCCUUCGUCAGAGGCAAUAAAAAAUGGAUUGGCUGGCUGUGAAGGAGGGAACUGCCAUCCAACUAAGGAAAUCCAAGGAUUCCCAUGCCAACAAGAAAAUGGAUGUGCAUUGCCUGGUGGGAUGCCAAACUUGUCUUUCGGUUGCCAAACAGGUCUCACUAACCUGGAAGGUCAGAGGAAGCCAUAUCUUUCUGCAAAGUGUCAUGCCAAUAUUCUGAAGAAAGGAACAGUCACAACACAUGCCUCAUCAUCAAAGUCAGAAAGUGUCGGCACACCCGGAGCUUCGGGUUCCAAGGAUAACCAGAGAACAAGUCCAAAAAUACAAGAAGAGGUCUCAGAGGCUGCUGUUUCAGCAUCUUCUUCUGUACAAUCAAAACAGUUCUUUAAAGGACAUCAAUUUGUGGACAGCAAGGAGUUAAAAGACCCAGAAAUGAAGACUGAACAAAACUUAGAGAAGGAAACGCCGGUGGUGGUGAUGCGGGGGAAAACUAGCAGAGAAACGGAAGAUGAACGUCGCAAGAGACUGUCGGUCCACAAGGAGGAGAUCAUGAAAGGCAAUGUCAAGGAAGCCAUGGAGAUAUUUGAAAACCUGCGAAAGCAAGAGGCGCUCCAGGAAAUUCUAACCCGAGUGAAGGAAUUUGAGGAGGAAACCUCUAAGGUGGAUGUGAAAGCUUUGAGAAGCUUGUUUGAGAACGUCCCUGAUUGGGUGGUGCAUCACAAGAUUCAACAAACGAAACAGCCCAGGAUAGAGAAAGCCGAGCAGAUGAAGGAAGUAAAGGAAGAUUCGGACAGUGUUUCAUCUGUGGAGUUAGCUUUUGAAGAUCUAGAGAGAGCAAGUGCUGAGAUCAUUCACUUAAAGGAGCAGACUCUGAGAAGGCUUCUGGACAUUGAAGAGGCCAUCAGGAAAGCUCUGUGUUCCAUCUCUAGCCUGAAAUCCGAAUCAGACAUAGCUGGACUCUCGGGACUUCUCAAGGAGUCUCUUGGGAAUUCUCAGAAUCUUGCAGCCGGCAACAACAUUCGCAAAAUCAGCAUUGUCUCCAGCAAAGCCAAGCAAGAGAGAGGGAUACAGAACUCAUUCUGGGAAGGUGAAAGGGGGGCAGAAAAGCAAGAGAUGCCCAAAGUGGAGCUAGAGAUUCCCCACAUCAUUCAGCCCCGAGCGAGCUCGCCUUCUUCUCCUUCUUACAUCUCCAUUCAGUCUGCUGCACGGAAAACGGCAGAAUCACCUAAAGCGGCACACUCUCCCUUGUCCAACUACAAUGAAAUUACAACAGAAAGGGACACACUCGCUCAGGACAUUUUUAGCACAUUGCCACGUAAAUCCGUGCGGUCCGACGGCUGCAAUGUGGCCUUCUGUGAAGGUGAACAGGAGGAGCUCAUUCAGAUGAAGAAAGGAGCAGGUUUAAUUAAACAACAACAUCUCAGCAGUCCUGAGCAUCUCCAUCAUCAUAUUGGCAGCAACGGCGAUAAGGAUCGGGAAACAUCAUCCAAAGUUUCCCUGAGUGCUUUGAGCCCAUCAAAUCCACGGAGGCAGAAAAGCAUACUAGAACUACAGACAAGCCCUGAUGGAUCCAAGCUCUAUGGAGCUACCAGAACCGUGACCGAGCAGUACGAGGAGGUGGAUGAGUUUGGAAACAAAAUUAUCACUUCGUCCACCACUGUCACCAAGCAGUCGGAGACUCAAACGUCAUCCACGUGCGGUAUGGUCUCCUGCCCUACCAGAUACGAGGUGACUGCAUCUCCAAUCCUUCGUAGAUAUCUCAACAGCCCAGCAGAAUUCCAGCCCAAUGGUGGGCACCAGGAUACAGGAGUUGUGUUUGUCACUUUUAGCAACUCCAAGCCAUCAAAGAAAUAGGCGGAGGUAAAUUUUCUUGGUGGAGGAUAACCACUAUGCCUGCAAUCUACAAACUAGUUAACACAGAGUACUCGGAGUUAAGCCAGUUCAAUCAAACUGAUUUUGAAAGGACUCAGCUGACUUAAACCCAGUGUAUUCAAGAUUAAGCAAUUUGUGGAUUGGCUUGUAUAUUAAACAAACAAACAAGAGUGUUAGAAAGAACUAAAAACAGU